AUGGUUUUUUAUGAGGGUUUCUUUUAGCUAAGUCUGCUUAUGAAUCAUCCUUUCUAAUUUUAAGAAUUUUUCCAACACCACUUUAUCAUCUAAUUUUUAUGUUUCAUAAUGAAUCUGAACCUUUUACUCUAAUUUUAGUGUGCUAUUUUAAUCUAAGAAUGGCUACUCCUUUUAAUAAUAGGUCUAAUUGAUUCAAUCGAUAAUUGUAUUAUUGAUAUCUCUAUAAUGAUCCUUUUGAUAAUUUUGAUAUGUUGA